GAAGCUGUAGAUAAGUCUAGCUGAAGAUUUACAAUGUGUUAAGGUGGCAGGGAGGUGACUCUACCCACACUCGGUUUGUUUGCGCUACAGGGACGAGCUUGGCUCUGGGACUGGGAUGACAAGGAGAAGCCAGAUCAAUAGGCCUGUUGUAAGUGCUGCUGCCUCACUCAAAUAAACUCCUAUAAGCCUCUCCUUGCAUGGCAGUGCUACACGGCACCAAACCCGCUCUGACAUUCAGGCUGUGUGUGUGACACUGCUAGGAGGAGCAGCUCGCUGUCUGCCACUAACACAAACGUAGGAUUACUUAUGUAGCGGUCAGUUUAGAGAACCACCAACCAAGCUUUUGGAGGGAUCUAUUUAAUACCAUCCUUCAGAUGACCAGUGGAAAUAUUGGUAGUUUAUAGCGUCACUGUGACAUGGUAUGGGGAUAGUGACAAUUUCCUGGACGGUGAAGAUUAUCAAAUCCACAGUAAACAUGUGUGGCGUCUUAGACACAGGUAAUGUGCUGUAACCGUAGGCUUGGUGACGGAUACAUAAAAAUAUACCACAGUGUUUUAGGCUGUACUGUAGAUAUCCCCGACUCAACAUGUGCGAGGUAUUGAUACGGGGUUCGGUAUUGAUUCCCUUACUAUUGUUGUGAAGCUAGCGCCUUCCCGAGCUUCCUCAUCACCACUUCUCAAGUCACACCAUCAUGAAGAUGCACAGGUUUACCGCGGACAUCAAUCUUUUUGGUGUUCUUUAUCUGUUUUAUUUAUCUUUAGUUUCAUCUUUUGAUUUAAAUAGUCCGACAGAUUCAUUUGCCAAAUACCAGAAGUGGAACCCAUGCCAAAAUGGAUCUAUUCAAUUGGAGUUUAAAACUAAAGACAUGAGUGUGUUGAUCCUGUAUACAGAUGAUGGAGGUCGUUCUGAUUAUUUUGAAUUAAAACUUCUCACCGGCUCACUACAUCUUAGAUUCAACCUUGGAAGUGCUCCAAUGAGGCUUAACGUAGGACAACGUCUAAAUGACAACCGAUGGCAUAGAGUUACUAUCAAAAGAAAUCGUAAAAAUAUCACAUUAAUCGUUGACUCCGGUACUUUCACUCGUACAUACCACAGCACAGAUCUUGAUUUUGGAAAUUAUGCAACAAAUAGUCCUGUGUUUGUUGGAGGUAUAUCUAACGAGUACGAAGACAAUACGUCGGCAUUGACGUUACCUGCGAUCUACCUAGAGCCGAGGUUCACGGGGUCAAUCCGUAAUAUUCUCUAUAGUAACUGUGGUGGCCCUCUCAUACGACCGGAGUUGUUGGAUUAUCGCGGAAUCGUUUCAGAAAAUGACAAAUGUGUUGUGAGUGACCCCUGCCAGCACGGUGGAAUCUGUGUGACCCAUGACCAUGGGGUAUCCUGUAAUUGUUCCUAUACCGACUUCGAGGGCGAGUUUUGCGACCAAAAAAGAACCCCUUCUGAAGUUACGUUUUUUGGCUCACAAUAUUUCAUGUAUGAAUGGCCAGCAAAGGGUGCUCCGACUAGUAAUACAGACGAAGUUAGUCUUUACUUCCGCACACGACAGCCCAGCGGCCUUCUCUUCUACACAGGCCAAGGAAGUGAUUUCUUGAUCGUGUCUCUGAAAAAUGGCGGAGUUAGUGUCACGGUUAAUCUUGGAUCUGGAACGUAUGAAUCCGAAAUCCGACCAGGUGUCUAUCGCUUUGAUGACAACCACUGGCAUCAUGUGCUGGUGAAGAGGAAAACAAGGGAGCUUACCAGGCAAAAUGGUUAUACGGGUAUUGACAUCGUGGUAGAUGGCGGAUUUAAGAAGUCCGGAACAACAGCUGGUGACUUCACAAUGCUGUCCAGUCGACUACUGUAUGUUGGGGGUAGUCCUAAUCCGUCUACUCUGUACGGUUCCAGAGUCCAAACUAACUUCAAAGGCUGCAUGAAAAAGGUGGUGUACAAGUCGGAAAGUGUGACCCUUGACCUGACAACCAUGGCAAUAGAGCAGAAUAACAUCCUCAAGGUCGUUGGUAAUGUGGUAUUUAACAAGUGUCAUGACAUUGUCGAGUCUCAGCCAGUGACCUUCACGACCCCGGAGUCCUACAUCAUCUUGCCUUCAUGGGAGGUCGGAUCUGCUGGUGGCUCCCUCUCAUUCGCAUUCAUGACCAAUGAACCCAAUGGUGUUGUCAUGUACAAUAGUGGGACGAGAAAUUCAGACUUCUUUGCUUUUGAAAUCCAGGAUCGGUUCAUGUACCUGAUCAUAGAUUUGGGUUCAGGUGCUAUGCGGAUUCAGGUGUCCAUGCAGCCUGUUAGUGACGCAAAACUUCAUGAAGUCAGCUUGGAGCACAUCGGCCGACGGGGGUGGAUCCUGUUUGAUGGACAGAGAGUGAAUUAUACAGUCAGGGGAGAGAACUCUAACUUAGAUAUGGUAGGGGUUUUAUAUGUGGGGGGAGUUAACGAUUAUAAGGAAAAGUACCAGCUCCCUAAAGAGAUGUGGGCCGGCAUGCUUGGUUAUGGAUUCGUCGGAUGCAUGCAAGAUGUUGUUAUCAAUGGAAACAAGAUGGACCUUCUCAAUGCCGCACGGAAACAGAGCAAGACAGACAUUGUGAACUACUGUCGCCCGUCAGAGCCCCAAUGUAUGACCCGCCCCUGUAUCAACAAUGGCCAGUGUAGCGAGGGCUGGAACAGAUAUGUGUGUGACUGCAAGGCCACACGCUAUGUAGGAGACUUCUGUCAGACAGAAGCAGCUACCUUAGCUUUUGACAGUGCUCAGUUCAUGAAGAUCACUCUGGACAAGGAGUCUCAUACAGAGGCUGAGGACAUCUCACUUCGCUUCCGGACUGAAAAUCCCAACGGCCUACUCUUCAUGACCUCAUCUUACCGGUCAUUUGAUUCAAUGGCUCUCUACCUCGAGAAUGGACUGGUCAAACUAGAAAUCAGAGUGGGCAGUGGUUCUAAGAUUCUCACCAUUGGUCGAAAGAGACUUGACGAUUACCAAUGGCACACUGUGAUCAUAAAACGACGCGGAUCCCAGGUGGAACUCAGCCUCGACAACGACAAUCCUAUUGGAGAUUAUAUACCUGUGUCCUAUACCAUGGUCUUGUAUGUCAAAAACCUAGUGUUGGGCUAUGCCGAUACUCUCCCAAGAAAUUCUCGUGAGUUGAACUUAAGGCGUAUGGAAGUGGGACGUAUGGUCAAGGACGACAACAGGCUCCGACAAUACAGUGGCUUUGUAGGAAACAUGCAGCAGUUUGUCUUUAAUGGAAACCACUUCUUUGAAAUGGCAAAAUCACAGGACAUCCAAAACAUUGAGACGACGGCACGCUUUCUCACCGAUGAACCAGUGCUCAGAAACCCUGUGACCUUUAAGUCUAAGGAGGCGUAUGCUCAACUUGAAAAAUUAAGUGCCUACCUCGAGUUUUCUGUAUAUUUCAAAUUUAAGACGACGGAGCCAGAUGGGUUGAUCAUGUACAAUGGUGGGCGAGGACAGGACUUUUUAGCAUUUGAGUUACAGGGAGGGUAUCUUCACUAUGUCUACAAUACAGGGGCUGGAGCUAAAAGAGUCGUAGUCAACACUAUCAAUCGCCUCAACGACAACGAAUGGCAUGAUGUGCGUCUUUUACGUCCAGUGAUGGAUAAACAAACCAUCCGUGUCGACGACCAGCACCCGACUGUGGAGAGCAUGCACGGGUCUGACACUCUACACUUUAACCUAGAGGGCAUGCUGUAUGUAGGCGGAGUAAGCAAGACUAUGUAUAACUCACUCCCGAAGCUUAUUUCCUCUCGGCACGGAUUCCAGGGCUGUCUCGCUUCACUAGAUCUCAAUGGACCACGCCCAGACAUUCUGAACGACUCUAUAAAAGUCUUCUCCUCCAUCGCCAGAGGUUGUCAAGACUUAAAGGCGCUAAUUGAUAGACCUAGUAACAACUGUCAUCAGUAUGCCUGUCUAAACAAAGGUCGGUGUGUGCAGCAGUGGAACUCCUACACCUGUGACUGUGACAUGACGUCCUACACCGGACCGAUGUGUACAGAUGAAAGUGUGUCCUACACCUUUGGCCUGGGGUCAUCUGGAAUACUGAUCUACAACUACCCAGAAAGUAAACGUACCAAUACCAAAUACGAUCAGAUGGCACUCGGAUUCCGCACCACACAGCGGAACGCAUUACUGGUCCGUGUGGAAAGCACGACUAACGAGGACUACAUCGAAGUUCAACUGGUUGACGGAAAUGUAUUUGUGGUAUAUAACAUGGGAACCGAUAAUCACCCUUUGGGACAGUUGCUACGGAAACACAACAACGGAAAAUACCAUGUGAUACGAUUUGUACGAUCCGGAGCCAAUGCAACACUACAGAUCAACGAGGGACCUAUUGUUCCGAAAAAUCCUUCAGGAGAACAGCUUAGUGUGUUUAACGAGCAGGCCAGGAUCUUCAUUGGUGGCUACAAAAACAACACCGGCAUACACAGACAGUUUGUUGGUACCUUGCAAGGCCUUGUAUUCAAUGGCCUACCUCUGCUGGAAAUGGCCUCGAGAAAUGACAGCCGUGUGACGGUAGAAGGACGCGUACAGCCUCACAUUCCUAUGAGAACAAAAGCAGACAUACAAUCUACCAUGGGAAUACGGCACACCACUCCACGACAGGGCAUCACCGAUGAGAUUAUCCACGAGGUGCCAUACUCUGGUGACGGAACAGGCUGUCCGACAGACGACGAAGAUGACUGUACAUCGGUAGGGUCGGGGACUGGAGAUGACAUUAUUACACCUGUUGUCAAAAUCAGCACUACACCAAAACCGCCAUCAACACAGUCCAGUGGCGGUAACAUGUGUGACGAUGGCAAAGAUACAAGUUGUCAGAAUAGCAUAUAUUUAAUCAACGAGUCUACGACCACAGAGAGGAAAGACAAGGGCAACACCGAGCUGGGAUCUGUGGACCUUAGUAAGCCAACAGGAGGUCAGAUGGAGUCGGAACUUACUCCCCACAACAUCGGUCUCAUCAUUGGAAUUAUUGCUGUCGUUAUUGUUGCCUUGAUCAUUCUAAUAAUAGCCCUGUAUAAAUUUCAUCGACGAGACGAAGGGACUUACAAAGUAGACGAAACACAAAACUUUGCAUAUUUAGAAUCAAAGAAACAGAAUGGAAAUGGAGCAUUAUUAGGACCUGUUCCCGGAAAUGGGAAAAUGGCAAAAAAGAAAGACGUUAAGGAGUGGUACGUGUGACCUGCUGUGAUAUUUGUGAAGGUUGUGUUUUGUUUAGAGAGUAUUCUGCUAUUGGAAUGGGGUUGGAGGGUAAUUAUAAUAUUAUGAGCCAGAAAGUAUUACAAGGAUUACAUAUCAGUGAUGAGGUUGGCAGAAAUCAGUGGAAACACAAAAAGACUUGUCCGUUCUGUAUCUGCUCUAAAAUGUAAACAUGGAAUGUAUAUGAUUCUUUCUUGCAAUUAUAGUGUUAUUCAAAAGUGCAAACAAAUAUGAGAAUACAGAGGGAUCAAGAUAAUCAAUUAACAAUGCCACAUUGUUAAAAGUUCAUGAAAAAACAAAGACAUUAUAGUUAAAAAUAGAGGCCCUCCUGGUGCAGUGUUUCCAUGGUGAUCUGAUAUGCACCAUGGCCUGUCAAUCACUUGAUCUCCAUGUGGUGCUGUGAUUUAUAGUUAUAACUGGUCAGUUUAUUGAAAGAUUUUUCCAGCAUCAUCCUAACUCAUCAAUGGAAAUGUGGAUGUUUAUUAUUGAAAUAUUCUUAAGUAUUUCAGCAGAAGCUAAAUGGUUGGGACCUUGAUAUGGAGUCAAAAUGAUAUUGAAUCAAAACAUCUCAAGGUCAAGGUCAUUGAAAUGGGUUGUUAUGAACUGAUGACCAGUCAAACAGCACAUUCAGUCAUCACGAUUUGGAUUGAAAAUUAAACAAAGUGGCAUUCAAAGUUGACAGAUUGUGCCCACACCUGGACAUAAUGUUGGACCAAUGUUUGCCUCUGUUUGAAUGUGGUUUGAUAAGGAUAGAUGUAAAAUCGCUGGAUACAGACUUUCCGCUCGUUUCUUCCAUGGAUUAACCCAAAAGUAUAAAAAGUCAUCUGUUGUAUUCAAAAUAAAGCUUUACAGCUGUUGAAAGACAUGUCAAAGACAUCACAGGAUAUAUAUAUCUGCCCUGUGUUGUUUGACCUUCAGAGGACAAAGGCCAUUAUAUGAUUGACCUCAUGGGAAAACCUACAUUAUAACAAUCUUUAAAAGCUAAGGUCAAUGUAAACUGACCAAAUUGGUGUUAGAGUGAUUUGAGUGGUCCAGGUCCUAUAUUUUGUACAGAGGAUUGGACCCUCAGGACACACAUACAUAGGUCACACAGACCAACUCAUCCUGUCACCCCUACUCACAACAUUGGACUCACCCCCUGUUAAUCAAUAUACCUGGACUUGAUGUAACAAAUUGGGACAGGAGGAUAUUUUUAUGUAUAGCUUUUAAUGACUUCUAGAGGUCAAAGGUCACAUUUUGAUAUCAAAUGCCACAGAGUAAUUUCAGAAGAUGAGAGGUUACCAAAAAUCAAUUAAGAUGAACUUCAAGCUAUUGAAAUCUACAUGGUUGAAAAAAGGAACUCAGUAGAGAUACAUGUAUUUUGAAAUGUGAUCUUUAUCUUGAAAGUGAUACCUGCAUCUGCUCAGAGAACAUUUUAAAAUUGUUCUGCUGAUUAGUAAAAUAUUUGGGAUUUGAAUGCACAUUCAAAUUCUUUAAUUAUAAAACCUGAUUUCUCAUUGAUGAAUGUUAAUGAUUGAAAAGUAUCAUAGACAACCCUAAAGUUAAUGACCUACAGAGCGUGCCUUUCUCAGAGAGGCGACAGGUGCAAAGUUGUUAGAUGUGCCUAUUGAUACAAGUAUGGUCUUAAAAGGUUUUAAAAAAAAAAAAAAACAAUAAACUAAUCCUAAAGUAUAGAGGUUAAAGUAUGAUAUAGUAAGUACUAUCCCUACAAUAGAUUGUUAACAAUGGAUUUAUAUAUAUAUGUAUAUAUACAAAACAACAAAGGAAAUACUAGUAUCGGUUCAGUUUCCGUAUCAUAUCAUGUUACUAAUCCAUUUUUCUUUGCCUCAAAUUCAUUGUUUUGCAUCACUAGCUUGAUGUGUUCUGAUGUUGUUUCAAGGGAGAUAACCCCUACUUGCCAAAUUACAUAAUGAUAUGAAAUCCUAUUUGAAUUAUGUAUAUGUACUAAGGUCAAUGUAUUUUGUUGUAUGGAUUUAAUUACCCAAUCAAAUUUUUUUGUUCACAUUCUACAAACAUCAGCAUUGUAAAUACCAUCAGACAAGGCAUGAAAGUGAUAUAUAUCUGUUUAAUUAUAAAAACUAAUUCUGUUGUUCCGAUUGAGAGGGACCAUAGAUUAUUUUGUUGUGUAUAUUAGGGACCAUCCAUUAUUUUUGUUGAGAAAUAGUCAUUUUGUGGUGGAUAUUGACACGUUAAACCAGCUUUGUAGUCAAGCUUCCUGUUUGUCCAUGGUGUCCAGAACUUAGGGGUUUAAUUACGCAAUGUGACAUUAAGAUGUACUUAUAUUUUUUGUGUAAAUAUUUUGGUUUAUUUUUUCUUCUUAAAAAAUUAUGAAGAUUAUACUUCUUAAAUUUUCCCCCUAAUCACUCUCUCUGGAUCCAUGACCAUUUGUGUAGAUAGGGGUAACAAUUGUCCGUUUGUUAUCCAUUCUGUUAUAUAGUUCAUCCCUGAGUUACCAGUUUUAUCUUGUGGCUCUAGGUUUUACUUCUUAAAGGAAACCACAGGCAAUUCAGAUAUACAGCUGUAUAUAAAUUGUAAUGGAUGAUCUUUGUUUCUCCUUAAACCAAAAACACAAACAUAGAUAUCAGGGGUCUAGAGCGAGGAAUUGUUAAAAUCUAUCACAGGUAGCGAUAAAAUAAACUUACUAGAUUAGAGCAGAAACCAACUUAUGCUUUGGAAGAAAUGAAGUACUGACUGGGUGUAUGGAAAGUUUUAGCAUGUAUUGAAUAGAUAAAGCCUGUACUAGGAGUGAGGACACAUGUGUUUGUCUCUUAGAUAUGAAUGUUAAACUAAAGAUUCUUAUCUAGACCACAUGUGCGUGUGUGUCCUAAACAAAAUCUGAGCUUGGUCCAUAUAUAUCCUGUUAUUUCAUGGGCUAAACUUGGCUGUGUUUCAGGCAAUAUCAAACUGAUUGUCAGGUAUGCGGCUAAAUAUGUAGUUUUAAAUCUCUUCUUCUUACAUUACAUAAUUUUUUUUUUUUCUUGGUUUGGGCAUGUUUUUAUGAUUCAAAGUCCUAAAUUGUAAGAGGAUUGUUUUGUAUGGUAUGAAAUUACCCAAACAAAGAAUAACCAAAACAAAAACAAAAAAUGGGACCAUAUGUAGCAAACAGGUGAUUGAAAAUUUCUUUUUGAAAUGGACUAAGCCAAAAAUUUAGGAAAUAACACCUUGUAACUGAAUAAUGCUGGAGUUUUACCUUAUAUUACAAUGGAAUGUCUCACAGAUUAAAACAAGAAUAUGCAAAAACAUGGAAAAUGAAAUGAAUGUUUUACUAGCAUCAAUAAUUGCAUACACUAGAUCUUUAUUGCAUAUUCACUCAAAAAUAGAUAUUAACAGACUUGUACUGCAGUGAAAUCUGAAAAUGUUGCCACCAUUUCCAUGACAAUGAGAAUUCUCCCCAUUUGUACUGCUGUUAUCACACUACGGGUCGUUUUGAUUUCUUGAUGUUAAUUGUCUAUGUAGUCAUAGAGUAACACAUUGUUUUACAUAGAUAAGGAAAGACAUACUGGCAAAAUGACAGAUAUUAUGUUGAUAUAUAUUAAUUAGCUGCUACUGUUUGUUUUGUUCCUGUACAAAGCCAUAUUGUUUAUGAAUGCUGUAAUUUUGAUGCUUCGUAAAGUGUAGAUGUCAAGGUCACCUGUGGUUAUAUGGGGAGACAACCCUGGCUCCAGCUCAAUAGAUUUCACAUUAUGUCAUUGUCCGAUAUUUUUUUUUUUUUGUACAAGUAAUUCUGGUUUUGUUUUAGAUAUUGGGUCUGUAAAGAAUAAUAGUGUUAUAUUAUUUGUGUUUUGUACAUUGUUGCAUCAUAAAUGUUCAUCUAAAUAACAGUAUAGUCACUGCAGAUAUUAAACUCAUUAUGAAAGAAGAAUCAUUCCUACAAAAUGUUUUAUAAAACAUUUAUUUUCCUGUUCCCAUGGAGAUUCCUUGUGAUAUAGUUUAUAUAACCCUUUGGAGAUGGUAGUGACGUGACCUACAGGUAGUGUUGACCCUUCUAAUAUGUGUCAAAGUUCAAUGUGUCUUUUAACAUUUGCCAGCUAUUUAUGGAUGUUAAGGUUAUUCACAUUUGAUCAUCAAUAUUGCUUCAAGGUCAAUGCUAUUGACUGUUUAAUGUGAGUCAAGGUCAUUUAUAUUGACCUUCAUCUUUUGUGUCAAGGUCGUCCAUAUAUAGUUCAACAGUACUGUAGCUGUCAUGUCAGCAGUGGAAUACGUCAUCAGCAAUGUUCUAUUAUUGUUUUUUUGCUUAGUUUGGACAUUGUUGAGCGAUGUUGUCUCAUAAAUUUUUCUCUCUAUCUUUUAAAGAGCCAAGAUACUGAAUUUAUUUUUAUUUAAUCCCUCAGUAUGUCCACAGAUGACGCUUUCUUCAUAUUAUAAUUCCUUGGUAUAAAUCACGGACACGAAACGCUUGUGUUCUAUGGUGAUUUGACCUUUAACCUGUACUGUGGCUACAUUACCUUACAAAUGGAUUGAUAAGUGUUCUACCCUCGUAGUUCCCGAAUCCCUGUGAUCACACAAUGUUAUUGCAGUGUCUAUGUUAAAAUGAUAAUAAUAUGACGCAUAUAUAAAAUUCAUUUAAUGUAUAUUUUGUUUGUACAAACGAAUUGUGUGUUAAUGGGAGUGCAGUGAGAGCCGAUUUGAAACAGUGUGUGUAUGUGCAUUAGAUGAUGAAUGAUUGGUAGAGUCCAGGGCAUUCAUAGAUCACCUCGUGCGAUCUUUCAUUUUUAUAAUGACCUCGGUAAUUGUGUCGAAGUCCUCUGCUAACAUCGCCAGGCAUGCAUGGUCGCGCGUGUGUGUUGCCAAUUUUAUCAUGAUAACAACUUACGUUUUCAUUUGUUUCUAAGCUUUAACAUGAAGAGUUGUAGUAUAGGAAUAAAUGUUUUAAUACGAAAUAAAAAAUAUGUGUUUG